AUGCACGCGCUGAUCAUGGCCGCGGAGAUGGCCGUGCCCUGCAACAUGACCCUGCUCAUCCCGAUGAAGGGCCGCUUCGGCCACAUCUGCUCGCGCCUCGGCUGCGACGCGCCCUUCGUCCGGCGCCGCGACUUUGGGUACGGGCCCGCGGAUUUCGAGGUCAACUACCAGCGGGGCUUCGGCGCGCGGUGCCAGGUCAAGCGGGCGCGGCCCUGCCGCUUCCGCCACGCGCACUGCCUCGAGCGCGCGGACGCGGACCCCAUGGUCAAGACCUUGGCCAUCCGCGAGGUGCUCGCGCUCCAGUCGCGCGUCGCGCCCGAAUGCUCCGACGGCGCGCCGCCGCCGGAGUCGUUCGACGUCACGGUGCACUUCCGCGCGAUCACGACGGCCUUCGAGGGGCGCGACGAGGCCCUGUUCCGCAUGGACAGCGCGCAGAUGAAGAAGCACGAGGCGGGCGAGGAUCCGUCGCUCGACGAGUCGCCGUGGGCGGCGUACACGGACCUCCCGCCGUUCGAGGAGGUCGCGAAGCCCGUCGUCGACUACCUCGAGCGCGAAGGCUUGCGGAAGAGAAUCUUCCUCGCGGGCAACGUGCCCGCGGCCAAGGCCGCCGUCGCCGCGCGCUUCGUCGACGCGGGGGUUGUCGUCGACGCGGACGCGGACGUCGUCCGCCAUCCGAACAAGCUGGCCAACGACAAUCUGGACAUGCGCAACGACCCGAGCUUGUGCGACGACUGUCUCGACGUGACCUUUGGCGAGUGGUCCUAUCUGGCGAAAGCGACGAAGCUCGUCGUCCAGCUCGGCAUGCACUGCGUCGGCGACGGCGACUGCUUGGAUCCGCGGGAGCGGAUUUAUGGCCGUAGAUCCUCGUUUUCCCUCUCCGCGGCGACGUUUGCGGCCGUGCCGUCGACGAUCAUCGUCGACCCGGCCGCGCCCCUCGACCCCGCGGACUUCACGCCGCCGGGCUACCGGCCGCCGAAGGGCGUCGGCGGCCUGUCGAUGUCCUGCUCCCUCCAGCCCGCGAUGGACGCCAUGCGCGCGGGGCGCCGGAGGCGCCUGGGGGGGCGUGGCGGGAGUUAA